CAAGUUUACCGAGCCCGGUUAGCUGGGCGGCACACACACACACACACACACACUCACAUUCACACUCACACUCACUCAUACACACACACUCACACACACACACACACACACUCACACACACACACAUGCGCGCGCGCGCGCAGUCGAACCGGUGGAUGAACCUCCGCUGGAUGAUGGAUUAGCGCAUCAGACAGAUAGCUUUUGCAAAAAGGCGCAGCCUACUACGAGCUCCAGAUGUCAGCGCAUCGGAGGAAAACAUCCACCCACCCACCCACGACGCGGGGGGAAUGACUCACACUGUCGAGUAGUCGAAUGAGCGAGCGCCGGUGCGGACGGGCAGAGAGAGAUUCCUGCGCGGGUUCGCGCCACUCGUUCUCUGGGUACUUUAAAAGCUCCCCCGGCCGCGGCUUGUCUGGGGAAGGGGAGCAGCAGCAGCAGCAGCAGCAGCAGCAGCGCUGAGCUCGAACCGCGCCGCCACACGGACUGACAAGUUGGUGCGCGGGGCGCCGGUGCCACAUUAUGGACAGCGCGCGGCACACCGCUCGACGCCGGUGCGCAUCUGCGUAAAGUGCAACACUUUCCACGCCGGAACUUCGUCGGUCCUCGGCCAAAGUUGCCGACGAGCGCAGGGGAGCGGUCAUCCAAAACGAGAGGGUAGUUUGAGAAAAAGCAUCCGAAGUAUUUUUCUUUUCUUUUCUUUUUUUCCCCAAAACCCUUCGCAGGAAGCUUCGCCUCGGAGAUCAUGCGUCCGGAGCUCGCGGGGAGAUUCCAGACGCUGCUCGCGCUCUGGUCAGUGCUUCUCCUCAGCCUGGGCACGGGCUUUCCGACCAGACACAGGAAUGUUCCCCACAAGGGCCACGGUCACCCCGUUCACGGCGGUGGGGUCCAAUACAUCCCCGAGACUUUGGAGCAGCAGAACCAGGUGCAGAGUCUGCUGCCCGGGCCUCACAGCCACCAGAGGAGGUGGUCGCACCCCCAGCACCGCUCCGUCGGGGUUCUUCCGCAGCCGGAGCCCGAGGAGGAGACCCAACCCUUCAUCCUGGAUCUCCAGAACUUUCCCGACCUGGCCAACGCUGACAUCAACUCGCAGAACCCCAACAUACAGGUGACCAUUGAGGUGGUGGACGACCCUCAGAUGGAGGUGGAGAUGGACCUGGCCAAGGAAAAAGACUGGCUGCCCUCCUCCUCCUCCUCCUCCCCCUCUUCCACCGUCGACUGGCUCGGCGGCAAGAAGCUUGUCUGGCCCCUGUUCUGGAGUUACACCGACGCCGACUUUGGCGAGGACAGCAACAGCCGGUCGGGCAUGGAGGAAACUGGCGAAGAGGAGGAGGAGGACGAUUACUCCCUGGAUUAUGGCAGCGAGGAGCCCUUACCCAGCGGAGUGGGCGGAGACUGGGACACUCGCUGGAACGAAGGCUGGGAUCCAAUGCAGAGCUACUAUGAGAAGGAGACGGAUGAGUGGACCGCCUGGUCCCCCUGUUCAGUGACGUGUGGACACGGCGAGAGGAAGAGGACCAAGUCCUGUGGCUACUCUUGCACUCUGACAGAAGCCUCCAAGUGUGACCUGGAGCCUUGCCCCGGUGAUGUCAACACUGUGGUGGAACCUUUUCCUUUCGAGAUGGAGAAUGGCACCGAGCCUUACGGGACAGACGUGGACAGCUGUGAGAAGUGGCUCAGCUGUAAGAGUGAGUUCCUGCAGAGGUACCUCCACCAGGUGCUGUCCGAGCUGCCCAGCUGCCCCUGCUCCUACCCCUCGGAAGUGGGGUACACCGUAGUCAGCGUCUACGAUGAGACUCGCGGCAGGCCGUUCCGCUGGCGCGAUGCCAGCGGCUCCAAGGAGCGCCUGGACAUCUACAAGCCGUCGGCGCGCAGCUGCAUCCGCUCGGCGCUCUCCGGCGACCUGUCCACCCUCGCCGCGCAGCACUGUUGCUACGACGAUCGCGGGCGGCUGAUCACGCGGGGGAAGGGCGCAGGCACGCCGAACCUGAUCAGCACCGAGUUCUCGCCGGAGCUGCACUUCAAGGUGGACGUGCUGCCUUGGAUCCUGUGCAAGGGGGACUGGAGUCGCUUCCAUGCGGUGCGCCCGCCCAACAAUGGGCUGCGCUGCGCGGAGAACCCCCAUGAAGACGUGUUCAUGAACGAACUGGAACAGGCCAGGGAGUACUGAGGGGCCACAGCCAAAAGUACAACUUCACUCAGAGAGUCAGAGGGCCCAAUCCUAAUUUGAGCGGUGGCUGUCUACCGUACAAGUCAUGAAAUAUCACAUGUCAACCCCCCGUCGGCCGUUAAUCAGGCAUUGAUGACUCAGAGGAAAUGCACGUUUGCGACUGGACGAUUUGUGGGGUUUUAGGAAUGAUGGAGAAGUGUGGCUGUCUCAAGUUAGGAUUUGGCACCGUGUCCUGACAACAGGCUAUACUGAACUGAACUGAAUUUCAUGAAUGGAAAAAAGAAAAAAUGCAGUGUUCUCCCAUCGCCUGCCAACCUGUUACACAUCUGGCAUGACAUCAAGCUCUCUCUGUCUCUCUCUUUGUAUUCAGUCCACUCCCCCGGGUGCGUGUAAGCAUGAUGUCUACCUGAUGCUUUUUUUUUUGACGUUGUCCUGGAGUGCUGGUGAUUGACCAUAGCAACAUAUGGUAAACAUCCCGAUCAUGCCUCUCCUAGGUUUUACCUUCGGAAAACGUAUGACUCCAUUGACACCUGGCAUUGAGAGGCAUCUCGUGUCCUCAUUGUAUCUAGAUAUGAUUUGAACCAGAUUGCAUUUGGUCUUAACAUGUGUCUCUGAGGUCCGUUUGAGCUCUGAUCACUCCUCCCUUUCGUGCGGGUCCAAGAGAUCAAAGAUGGCAGCCAUUCGCGAAGCUGCAUUAUUGCGUUUGCUUGCUUUACGAAGCAGGGGCAGACGCCAUCUUUGACAACUGGUCUCUCUCUUCCUGAAUUAAGUCCGUAGCCGGUGACUGAGAAGAGGGAGGCCUGCUUCAUGUGUUUUAAUGGCUACUGGCUGCCCAGCUGCUGGUAUGCACCAGUCACGUGCCAUUGGUUACUUCUGUCCACAUAGUUGUUGUAUGUGGAUUGACUACACAAUGGCACAUUUACAUUCGUCAAUUGCAAUGGUGUGGCCAAUCGGAUCACACUAACACUUUCUAGUGGUCAAAAACUUUCCGGUUGCAAUCUGAUCACCCAUAGCACCUUUUGAUGCCAGGUGUAGAUGAAUACAGAAUAUGAAUACGGGCUGUUUUGAUGCAACACACUCAAUCAUAGUCCAACAGGCGAACAUCCCAACUAUGCUGCUACAAUAUAUCAUUUUUCAAGUUUGAAAAGAGUAAGAGGGAUGGGACAAUCAUAGACCACCCAAAAGAUGCCAGAUGCAUUCACAUGCAAUGUACGUUUCAGCUAAUCCUUUGGGACACGAAAAAUAGAAAUGACGAAACAAUAAAUUCGGUUGCUUCGUGGAGCUUGAGCAUUAUGAAUAUAGCCCAUAGGCAUUCAUGAUGAAUAAUGAUACGGCACAUUUGAUUUUCAAAUGUUUUGUCAGCCAGGAAAAAAAAAAUACAUGAUCUGGGUGCCAAAGAGUUAAAAAUCAGACUGUUGGUGCCUGUGUAAAUCCAGCCUCCUAAGUCUCUUCGGUGCAAAUAUGGGGGGGGGGGGGGCAGUUCUACACUGAGUAGAUUGUGCUCAUAGACGUGUCUCUACAAUGUUCUCAGGGGGACUAACUGACCAUGAUAAAUGAAUUCGUUCCUUUACCUCUGCGGCGGAGCACUAUUGGACUUUGUACAAAGUGGAUGGGGGUAAAGAUUGGUAGCGGUUAGCGUGUGUAUGUUUGUGUGUACUCCAGAUUGGAAGUGGUGAAGAGAUAAUGCUUUUAUGCAGUUUAUAAAAAAAGCAAUUACGCCCCUCACAACUUUGUUGUUGUGGCCGUUGAGGCACUGAGUGAGGUGGAGAGGUGUCACUGCAGUUCAAGCUGUUGGCUUAGGGUCUUUGGGUUUAUGUACAGAACUGGACUGGAUAGAAAGGUCAUUCCUACUCAAAUAAACAUUCCCCAGAGGUCAUGCAGUUAGUGCCCCUUCUCCUGGCUGACGGAAUAUUGGUGAAGGCAACACGGACCUUGUGGGAAACAAUUCAGUCCUUCACCAUUAGGUAUAGCACAAAGGAGUAAAGGAGCUGGCGUGUAACCAUAAUAAUAAUAGUUUUAGCAUUGUAGAUGUAGAUCGCUGUCAGUGACGGGGAUCUUACAUGUUAAACCCACUUACCGUACCUGAGUACCUUCAAACGACAGGAAUGGCCCUUUCUAUCCCAUCGGAAUUUACGGAUGGUUGCUUCCAACCUUUUUUAUUUUUUUUGUCAGGAAUUCUGCUUCCAGAUGUGUACAUGCAGACACCCAUUUACAUUUUGGAAUCGACAAUUGUAAAGGAAGGCACUUUAUCUAAAUCAUACACAACAAAUGGUGACAAAUUAUAGGGAAAAGCUUACGAGCGCAGAUGCUUUCAGAAAAUGAGUAUGGAGGGCGAUAAGUGGUUCGAGUGGGAUCGCGGUGUGAAUCGUAUAUAUGUUAUGACCUUUGCUGUCGUCAGAUCUCCGCUGGUGUUAUACUGGCCUGGGACCCAGACGGAAUUCUGGGGGGCUCAUUUGAAUUUGGUCUGGAUCCCCUCCAAUGGAAAGUGAUUUCCCACCGGCAGAAAUCUUGCCGGCCCAAUCACAACCGAUUAUCUGAUAAUGGCCCGGGGUUUAUAACGUUGGGCAGAGAGAAGCGGCUUUUGUAAUCAACCAAGAUUGGUUGAUGAACGAGCGUUUGACUUAUCCGAUAUUUUAUAAUUUCUCCCACACGCUCUGGUCUGUUGACAUUUUCGCGUCGCUCAACAGACGUCACGCGAAUCGUCGCCCUCGCUGGUCGUAGGUUUGUCCAAUCGCGUCCCGAGGCACUUUUGGUCUGCGUCCGUUGGUAACACGCCUCUUGGAAACCGGAAAUGAACCGACAGGGCCCAGACUAAUACACAUAUUAGUGUGGCUACACCAGGCUAGUGUUAUACAUUAUCAACAUCCAUCACUUGACACCAAAUGAGGAAAUGUCUUUAAGAAAAAAGCUGUUUCCUUUCAUUUGUCACCGAUUACGCUGCGUUGUUCCGUGAAAGUGCACACGUCAAGCGCUCUGUCGAGAAAAAGCAUGAAUCUUUUUGUGAUUUCUGAAUCUAGUAUUACAUAUAUGGUGUUGUACAGUAUUUAUUUGUCUGCUCUCUCUUUUUUUUAAGUUUGCUGAAGCUUUUAAAAUGACUAUACUCAACAUGGUGCACUAAUCCGACUGAGAAAAAAAAAAAUGAAGGCACCCGUAUCAAAAGGGAAACCACAUGCCUCGCAUCACUUCAUACAGCAACAUAAAGUGUGUGUUUCAUUUUACGUUGUACUGCAGUGCUCUAUAAGAAUGUUGUUGCAAUUAUGCUGACGGAAUAUAUAUAUAAAAACCUUGCAUUCA